GCCGCCUCAGGCGGCUCCGGCCGCGCUGCCGCUGCUGCCCCGGGGCCCGGCCAGGCCGCUCGGGAGGAGCCGGGGCGGGUCCGAGCGCCCGGGGAGCUGCCCAGAAGUUCAUCGAGAGCUCGGUGGCUGAGCCUUUGGUGCCGGGGCCAGCCCGGCUUCCUGAAGCGCGGACGGCGGUAAAUGUGUGGAAAGCUUCGGAGCAGCCGUUCUGGGCCUGGAGGGUGCGGGAGGAGCCGGGGAGGAGCCGUGAGCGUCCCGAGCCCGUCUGAAGCCCUCCCUCCAGCGCUGCCCCUGCCUCAGCCCGCUGCCCGCGCGGUCCCAGGAUGUGGUGCAGGAGGCUGCCAUGGCUGCUGAAGGUGCCAUCCCACCCGAGCAGAGGCUCUGGCCCUCGCUGGCUGCGGCUGCCCCGGGACACGAGGCCCGUCCUCGCUGCUGUGGCUCGCUGGCAUCACACAGCCCCAGAGUCCCUCAAGUGUGCCUGGCAGUUACACAGGGACCAUCUAGAGCUGAGGUACGCUGACACGCUGAUGCGCUUCGACUUCGUGUGGCUGCGGGACCACUGUCGCUCUGCCUCCUGCUACAAUGCCAAGACCCACCAGCGCAGCCUGGACACGGCCAGCGUGGACCUGGCCAUCAGGCCCCAGGCUGUGAGAGUGGAUGAGACCACGCUCUUCCUCACCUGGCCAGACGGACACGUAACCCGCUACGGGCUGGAGUGGCUGGUGAAGAACAGCUACGAGGGGCAGAAGCAGCGGGUGAUGCAGCCCCGCAUCCUGUGGAACGCUGACAUCUACCGGCAGGCCCAGGUGCCGGCCGUGGACUGCCGCAGCUUCCUGGAGACGGACGAGGGGCUGAAGGAGUUCCUGCAGAACUUCCUGCUCUACGGCAUCGCCUUCGUGGAGAACGUCACCCCCACCAAAGAGGACACCCAGAUCUUAGCAGAGAGGGUCAGCUUGAUCAGGGAGACCAUCUAUGGCAGGAUGUGGUACUUCACCUCUGACUUCUCUCGGGGAGACACAGCCUACACCAAGCUGGCCCUGGACCGCCACACUGACACCACCUACUUCCAGGAGCCCUGUGGCAUCCAGGUGUUCCACUGCCUGAAACACGAGGGCACGGGCGGGCGCACGCUGCUGGUGGACGGUUUCCACGCGGCAGAGCAGGUUCUGCGUGGGGCCCCUGAGCACUUCCAGCUGCUCACCAAGGUGCCCCUCAAGCACGAGUACGUGGAGAACGUGGGCGACUGCCACAACCACAUGAUCGGCGUCGGGCCCGUCCUCAACGUCUACCCCUGGAACAACGAGCUCUAUCUGAUCAGGUACAACAACUACGACCGUGCCGUCAUCAACACGGUGCCAUACGAUGUGGUGCACCGCUGGUACGCUGCUCACCGCACGCUCACCGCCGAGCUCAGGAGGCCAGAGAAUGAGCUGUGGGUCAAGCUCAAGCCUGGCAAGGCCCUGUUCAUAGACAACUGGCGGGUGCUGCACGGGCGAGAGGCCUUCACGGGCUACCGGCAGCUGUGCGGCUGUUACCUGACGCGGGACGACGUGCUCAACACCGCGCGCCUGCUGGGGCUGCAGGCAUAGCCCACCCCCGGCCCAGGGGCUGCACUUACCUCAGCACCUCCCCCUCCCCAGGCAGCUCUGAGGGGCAGGUGGAAGCCAAAGGUUCCUGGAGCUCUGUGGGACCUGUUUUGCCUUUGAGCUGCCCAGGCAGUGGGUGAGGGUUGCGCACGCCACGGGACACGCCACCAACGCCUCCUGAUGUGAAGUUGUUCCUCCAAUCAAGUGCCUUCAGGACUCCAAAUCUUUGCCUUUUUCCCCUCUGUGGUUCAGCAUUUUGGUCAGCUGGCAGUUCUAGUGGGUUUCCAGAAUGGAAACCUUUGGGCUCUUGUCUCACUCCAAGCUGGACUUUGCCCCUUCUGGAGAAUCCCUGGUCCCUGUUUGGUGCAAAUGCCACUGCUCACACUGAGGGCUGUUGGCAUCUCAGUGGCUUCUCACAUGUCCACCCUGCCCCUGUAACAGUCACUGAUAGAAGCUGUGCUGCUCAAGAGACAGCCUGGAGAGAGAACCUGCUGUUGUGAGGCUGCUUCUGAAAAGGUUUGGGUUAGAAGGAAGGGGAGGAGCAGCAAGAUCUGUGUGUUGGGAAGCAGACUAGGGGCUGAGGGAGGUAUUUCUCCCACUUCCUUCAUUUCCAGUAGCAGAAUGCUGGUAUUCCUUCUGCCUGUGGCACCCUAUCAAGGGUACAGGCUCAGCAGCUACAGUAUUGGCUGACCCAUUUCCCCCUGUGCCUGCUCUUUCUUCUCUUCUGAAGGAGGGGUUUGUGUUGGGUCAUCGCUGCACUGGCUGCUGCAAGUGGAGGUAACAGAGAGACCCUUUGGCUCCUGCUAGUGGGGAGUAUGAACUGGAGCCUGACCCAUUGAAGGGCCACAGGUGAAGGAACACAGGAGCAAAUCCUGCCAUCAUUAUAAACGAGGAUUUCAGAACCAAAAGGGGAUUUUAGGAUCUUUUUUUUCAGUUCUUCCUUAUCUGGGGCUGUUCACUCUGCUUAGACCUUGAGACGGGGCAGCUCUCUUGCACUCCUGGCUCUCCUGUGCCAGCAGGAUGCUCUUGUGGCCAAGGCACAAGUGCAGCACAGAUGCAUCUGUACAAAACUUGCUGCUUCAUUUAAUCCAAGUGCUGGGUAAGUGGUUCCUGGUGCCCCUGUGCCCUGAGCUGCCUGCUGCUGUCUCUGGGAGGUCAGUGGGAGGUGAGAGGGGCUUCUGAGCAGAGGCUGGGCAGGAAGCUGCCCAUCAGGGGCGGAAGGAGGGGCAAUGCUGCCAGGUAACACAAGCUAGAGGCGAGCUGGCUCUGCUCAGGGAUAUGUCACAGGGCCUGGGAGCUGCAGCCUCAGCCACAGGCACGACUGUCAAUGUUCCUCUGGGCUGAGCCAGUGAGUUCCUUGAGCAGCCUGCAGCAUGUGUUGUGCUGCUUUCUUGGUCAGACACUUUGGUAGGCUCUCCUUGGGUGCCAGUUCCUGCAGCACAGCUCAGAGCCAAAGCUUUACAGGUGUGUAAGAAGCAAAGGGCAGCAGUUGGGGACUUGGCUCACCCUGUGCUGCUCCUGGAGCUUGGGCUGGGGGCACAAAAACACAAAGGACUCUGCUAAGUAUUUGAAACCCUUGAGCAGUAGAGCCAAAUGAUUUGAGGGUAGCAAUGGUGCCUGAGCUCCUUUUGCCUCCUUCCCUCAGAGUAUGAGGGAAAGCACUUCCUUGUUUUCCAAUGAAUUCAUCCAGCCCCCCAACACCCUGUGGAGUGGAGGGAGCUGCCUUGGAAUCCUGUGCCAAUAGGUAAGGGCUGAAUUCUUCCUCAGCAGCUUGUGAGCACCGAAACUGCCUUGGUAGGGGCAGGACUGUGGGGCAGCUGCCCCCAUCUCCCCAGAGCCCGUUUCAGAUCCACUUCUGUUUGCUGUAACAGCACAAGGUAGGGUUUUGUAACCAAACUUGACAGAGUUUUAAGCCAAUAAAUGAUGAACUGCUUCCUUUUCCUUCCCUCCCCCCUCCAUCAUCCACACUCUGCAUCCCAGACAUGUGCCAAGCCUGAGACAUCAGCUCUUCAAAUAAACCAUUGAUGAAGAGGUCAGCUUAACAAAAAUCUCUCUCUUGCGGUGCUGAACUUGACAAUGAGUCUGUGUUACCCCCAAAGGUGGAAUAAAUGCAAGGAGCAGCCCCGUCUCGGCA